CAGCCUCACUGCACUCAAUGGAACUUUCUUCUGAGUAACUGUAAAGCUGCAAUCCUAUGCAUACUUACUUGGGAAGUUCAGUCUCCUUAUGGAUUGACAAUAUGUCUAAUGGACAGAAUGUAUCAGGAUCUGGUAGUAAAGACCAGAUCCAAGGAGAAACAACUCAUUCUCCUUCUGGAUGCCAGUCAGUGGAUCCCAAGCCUUCCAGCUUGCUUCUCACUGUAGAAAAUGUUAAAAAGCUUCAAGAGGAGUAUCCCGUUGCUAAAUCUGUUCUUACUAGACAGUCAAUAGAAGCAUAUAUUAAGCAGAGUAACCUCUCUUUGAAUGAGAAUGAAACUAGUACAGAUGGAAGCAAGAAGCAGAAUCUGUUGGAUGAAAAAGAAUCAGAGGCAACUUCAAUGAUUCUUCAUAGAGAAGAUAGCUCUGAAGAUUACUCAAAAAACGUUGAAGAAAUUUCAAAAAAAGAUUCCUGGACAAGAUCUCUGCCAUCUUUGGAUCUUGAGACUCAAUCAUUCAAAAAAUGUGAAGUUGCAGAUUUGGAGACUCAGACAGAAUGGAGUUAUUCUGAUACAUCCAUGAAUUCAAGUGAGCAAAGAAGAAAGAAGCUGGACACGAGAAGCAUGCAUGGAAAGGAGAAAAGUGACCGCGUAGAAAGUGAAGAAACAAUAAUCGGCAGCAUAGGAGAAGAAGGAAGAGAUGAGAUUGAACUGGACAGUAAAGUGCGCUCUUCUCCUGCUGAAGAGGAAAUCGAGCUAAACGCUCUUUUCAAAGCUGAGGAUCAUUCCAUCACUGAACUUUGCCAACUUGGUUGCUGUGAGUUUUGUACCAUCAGACUAAAGCCUUUGCCUACAGCAGAACAACUGGACGAGAAGCCAGAAGCAGUGGAAAGUUUUCUUUGUUGCAGGACGUAUAAGGAAGUUUUCCAAUGUGUAGUACAGGAGCUCAUAGAAAGCAACUCCGCAGAAAGUGAGAUUGACAUCAGUCCUCACCCACGACUUUCACAAACAGUGAUGGAGAGCAAGACUAAAAAGUUACUAAAGGAUGAACUACAAGAGCGAGGUUUUGAGAACUACAGGGAGGUACUUGAGCAGUAUAUGAAGUUUGGUACAUGUGUCAAAAUUAAAUUCAGAUUAUCAGACCAUCCACCCCAAACCCAAAGUGUUGCUCUUCAGAAGCCUCAUCUGCAGCCCAAAGAACUACUGGGGAUAGAUUUGGAGUUCAAAGCAGAACAAUUAAAGAUUUGCCAUCCUAAGAAGCUUGUGAAAAGAUACUAUUCUGAUGGAAAUAUAUUCUUUAUUCUGUUUCCAAAUGGAACAGGCCAAGUUUAUUACCCGUCAGGUAAUACUGCCAUUCUCAUUACCUACCUAAAGGACACUCAGUUCACAUACAUAAUCCUAAAUGACAGCAGUUCCCAUGGAGUUCAGGCAUUCUUUACAAAUCAAGGUUAUGCAGCGUGUUAUCAUCAAAAUGGAAAAAUCAGGAUGAAUCUGGAUCUUUGCUUUGGCUCCUACUUUGAUCAGAAUGGAAUUAGACACAAACACUGGAACUGGUGGGACACCAGCUGCCAUGCUCAUCUACCACCUUUCCAGCCCAUCUACAUUCAAUUGAAUGUUUACAUCCAGGUUAAAGUUAAAGCCCAGGAUCAGAUCUUCCUAACAUUUACUAAGCUUCAUGACUGCCUCCAACUGAAUGUUGGUGCAAGGCUAAAACUGAAAGAUCCAAACAUGCUGCAGUUCCUCAAAGGACCUGAAACCUGGAGACAGCUAAUAAGUGACUCCCAGAUUUUGCAGAUCAGAAUAGUCUUAGCCAACUUGCAGAAACUACUGAAAAAAAUGUGUUCUAUUCCAUCGGAACAGACUGAAGACCUGUAUCUCAUCAUUUCAGACCUGUGUAACCAAAUGCAUCGGCGAUGCAAAAAACAAUGAGAAGACGUAUUUCUAAUCAGGCAAGGCGACUGAGCCAGCUUCAUAGACAAAAAAUUAAACAUCUUCAGUCUUCUACGGUUUAUCCUACUGAUUCUAACUUGC